AUGCCGACGCCAUCUCCUUCUGCAGAUCAGAAUCUGACCGCGGCCGAGUGGAUGGAGUUUCAGACAUGGUUUCUUGCCGUUCUGGAUUUGAAAUUCAGCCAGCAGGAAGCCGUGCUACGGGGUUUGAUGGAGUCCCUUCCGCAGUCAGAGAUGUCGCAGAUGCCGGCAAGGAUAAACGUAGACGAGAUCGACACCGAGGGGUACCGCGACCUCGGCAACCACGGCAGCGACCAUGGCGAGAACGGCGAUCACGGCGACCACUCGGUCGCAAAAAAGCGAAUGACGACUUUGGGGGUCACCAUAAUGUACGAGAAAAUGCAGCCGGAACCACCCGUCAAGCAGUUCGUCAAGACGCGCCUGGACCUGUACAUGGGGGGAGUGGUUUUCAUCAACAUGAUCUUCAUGGUUGUGAUGACACAGUGGACAGGGUCUAGGGCCGAAGCAAGCCUUGGAUUGAUUCCAGAAGCAUGGCCCUUCUUUACAGACACAUUCUUCGAAGUGGCUGAGUACUGUUUCUUCGCCCUCUACCUUGCGGAUGUCGUUUUCCGUAUUGCUGUCCUACGUAGUGAAUGGUACUUCGACAUGCAGGAAGGGUACAUGUACCUGAACAUGUUCGAUGCCUGCCUUGUCUGCAUCAGCACGUUCGAGCUGAUCCUCCUUCCGGCAAUUUUUUCUGCCGGUGGUAACCCGGAGAUCGAAACCAACACGAUUAGAGUGUUGAAGCUGAUACGAAUUGUGCGGACGCUGCGCAUCUUCAAAACUGUGUCUGUUUUCCGCCAGCUGCGUUUGCUAGUCUCGACUUGCAUUGCAAGUAUUGGGGCGCUGUUCUGGUCCAUGAUUCUGCUGCUCCUGUUGAAUAUUGCGUUUGCCCUCAUGAUGGCACAAGCUCUGCAGACCUUCAUAUUGGACGAGCGUGCUGACCUAGACACGCGCAUACUCAUGAACCAGUACUAUGGAAGCUUUACUCAAGCUUUCUAUACCAUUUUCGAGGUGACCCACAGCGGGUCGUGGCCAUCACGUGUCCGACCGGUUCUAGAUUCGGUGGACCCAUGGUACGCGGCCCUGUUCUUACCGUAUAUUGCAUUGGUAGUUUUCGCAGUUAUACGAGUGGUGACUGCUCUCUUCAUCAAAGAGACAUUGGCCAGCGCGGCAAAUGACGCAGAGCUGGUCAUCGAAGAAACACGGCGGAAUGCCUUAGAGUACCAGGAGAAAUUGGAGGAGCUGUUCCAGAUCGUGGAUGAUGAUGGCGAUGGACAUCUGACCCCAAGCGAGUUCGUAGAGGCUAUGAGCUUGCCAAGCGUGCAGCAGUACAUGAAGUUCCUGGAUGUCAGUGUGCGAGACGUACGCCCGCUUUUUGACAUUCUCUCUGAGGGUGACGGCCUGAUUACCAUCGCCGAAUUCUGCAAGGGCUUGAUGCAGCUCAAAGGGCAGGCACGAGCCCUGGACAUAGUCAUUUUGCAGCAUGAAAACUCCAAGCUAAUGAGGCAGUGCCACGAGAUUCAUCGUGCAAUUUGUGAGGCUGCUCAGCCAUAUUCCCCCAGAGGGGGUUUUUAG